AUUAGUGGCCAAGGUUAAAGCUCGUAGUGCUGGGCUCUCGCUCAUUCCCUCAAUGACAGUGGGUGAUAUGGAUAAAGUAGAAAUCUUCGACACGGAUGGCAAGGGAAGAGGGUUGAAGGCCAAGCAAGACCUUCUGACUGGGGAUGUGGUCUUUGCUGAGCCAGCAUAUGCUGCGGUUGUGUUUGACAACCUCAUAUAUGAAGUGUGCCACAGCUGUUUCAAGAAGCAAGCUAAACUCCAUCGUUGUGGACAGUGCAAGUUUGCACACUACUGUGACCGGACCUGUCAGAGAGCAGCAUGGACCGAGCACAAGAACGAGUGUGUCGCCACCAGGAACUAUGGCCAGCCCACCAAUGAGACUGUCAGGCUGGCUUCCCGUAUUCUGUGGCGAAUGGCGAGAGAGGGAGACAAUGUUUCUGAAGACCGUCUCUCAUCCUUUGCGGAUCUCCAGGAUCACGUGGAUGACCUGAGUGAGGAAGAGAAGAGGCAGCUCAUGUCAGACGUUGAAGUUUUGCACAAGUAUUGGCGCUCAAAUGAUCAGCACUUUGACAGUCAAUCCAUAUCCCAUAUAUUUGGCGUGAUAAACUGCAAUGGCUUUACCAUCAGUGACCAACGUGGAUUGCAAGCUGUGGGAGUUGGAUUAUUUCCAAACCUCUGUCUUGUAAAUCAUGAUUGCUGGCCAAAUUGCACAGUUAUACUGAACAAUGGCAAUCGCUCUGCAGUUAAUUCAAUGUUUCACACACAAAUGAGAAUUGAACUUCGGGCAAUCCAGAAAAUCAAGGUGGGAGAGGAACUGACGGUAUCAUAUGUGGAUUUCCUGAAACUAAGUGCAGAGAGGCGCAGCCAGCUUAAAAAACACUAUUACUUUGACUGUACCUGUGAACACUGCACAAAGGGAAUCAAAGACGACCUGAUGCAGGCUGUGAAGGAGGAAGAUGGCAAAAAGCCUUCAGGUGAAACAGUGAAGGAAGUUAUCGAGUUUUCAAAGAUGACGUUGGAGAAAAUUGACAAAGAUCGAUCUGAGGGGCUGUGGAGUAAUGUUGUGAAGCUGUGUCACGAUUGCCUGAAGAAACAGGAGCCCGUCCUGGCUGAUACAAAUCUUUACCAGCUGAAGAUUCUCAGCCUUGCCUCCGAGGUGCUGUCCUACCUGCAGCACUUUGAAGAGGCAGCAGGAUAUGCCAAGAGAAUGGUGGAGGGAUACCAGAAACUCUACCAUCACAACAAUGCCCAGCUGGGAAUGUCUCUGAUGAGGGCUGGUGUGACACACUGGCAUGCUGGGCUCAUCGAACCAGGCCAUGCUAUGAUUUGCCAAGCGAAUGGGAUUCUCCUGGUGACACAUGGUCCCACCCAUCCAAUCACCAAGGAUGUUGAGACCAUGCGGUGCCAGACAGAAAUGGAGCUGCGAAUGUUCAAGGAGAAUGAAUUUCUUUAUUACCAGAUGAGAGAGGCAGCGCUGAAGAAUCAGAAAAUACAAAUGAUGGCAGAACCUGCCGGCGAGUAUGUCAAGGAGCUGUUCCACAGGAGAAAAUAA